UAUAAAUAAUUAAGACAUCACCAUUCUUAUCAUUUAAAAGACAAUAGUGCUUCACCAAAACCGGCUCAACUGAGAAUAUUAAUUUAAUUUGGACUUUUGGAGUCCUUGAUCGAUCCCAUAGUUGGAUCACUAUGGGAUCCUUCUUGAGCUGCUGUGGUUCAGAGAAGGUUGAUGAAGGGGCAACACCAAUUGGUGGAGUUAAUGGAAGUACUCCAUGGAGGAUAUUUACUUAUAAGGAGUUGCAAUCAGCUACUAAUGGUUUCAGUGAUGAUAAUAAACUUGGAGAAGGAGGAUUUGGAAGUGUCUACUGGGGUAAAACCAGUGAUGGUCUCCAGAUAGCAGUAAAGAAAUUGAAAGCAAUGAACUCGAAAGCCGAAAUGGAAUUCGCAGUAGAAGUUGAAGUUCUUGGAAGAGUUAGGCACAAGAAUUUGCUAGGCCUUAGGGGCUACUGCGUUGGAGUUGAUCAACGGCUUAUAGUAUAUGACUACAUGCCCAAUCUCAGCUUACUCUCUCAUCUACAUGGUCAAUUUGCAGGCGAAGUUCGUCUUGAUUGGAAAAGAAGAAUGAAGAUUGCACUCGGCUCAGCAGAAGGCCUUCUGUACUUGCAUAAUGAAGUAACACCGCAUAUAAUUCACAGAGACAUAAAAGCAAGCAAUGUUCUGUUGGACUCGGAUUUCGAACCGCUUGUUGCUGAUUUCGGAUUCGCCAAAUUGAUCCCAGAAGGCGUUAGCCACAUGACAACCAAAGUGAAAGGAACUUUAGGCUACCUAGCCCCUGAAUACGCCAUGUGGGGAAAAGUUUCAGAGAGCUGUGAUGUUUAUAGCUUUGGAAUCCUUCUAUUGGAACUUAUAACAGGCAGAAAACCGAUUGAAAAGCUUCCUGGUGGAGUGAAGAGGACUAUAACAGAAUGGGCAGAGCCACUUAUAGCCAAAGGGAGAUUCAAAGAUCUUGUUGAUCCAAAGCUUAGAGGGAGUUUCGAUGAAAACCAAUUGAAACAGGCUAUCAAAGUUGCUUCUUUGUGUGUUCGGGCUGAGCCUGAGAAUCGUCCUAAGAUGAAGGAAGUGGUUGGUAUUUUGAAGGGGUAUGAGCCUCAACCAAAUAAAGUGGUAGGGAAUUUGAGAAUUGAAAGUGUGAAAUAUGAGGAUGAACUUGUGGCACUUGAUCAAGCAACCGAUGAUGAUGAUGAAGGUGGGGGUCAUUAUCAUGAACAGAGUAGUAAUGGAUAUGGCGUUUUUAGUGCAUUAGAGGUUCAGAAAAUGCAAGAUCCCUACAAGCACUACGCAGAUAGGAGGAUUGCUAAACGUGUUUGAGGGAAGAAGUUAAUGAUUAAUAUAUUUGUGUUUUCCUUGUGGAUUUGGUGUCUGAUUUCUUAUAUUUAGAACAGAGCAAGUACAUUUUGGUCUGGAAAUUAUAUAUAUAUACAAAUUUAUA